AUGACCAUGCCAAUCAUUCUGCAGCAUGAUAUCCUGACUCUGACCGGUAUCAUGGAUAAUAAAUUUAGCCACGGCUUACAUUUCAAGUGGCCAUUAGGGGCUCGUAUGCUGGCAGCACUAUAUGCAAUGAGUAUGGUUUUAAAAAUGCUGCCUGCCUCGGGCAUGGCUUGUCCACCAAAAUGUCGCUGUGAGAAGCUGCUCUUUUACUGUGACUCUCAGGGGUUUCACUCAGUGCCAAACACCACUGAAAAGGGCUCGCUAGGUUUGUCACUGAGGCACAAUUAUAUUUCUGAACUUGAAAGGGAUCAAUUUGCAAGCUUCAGUCAACUUACUUGGCUUCACUUAGAUCAUAAUCAAAUUGCAACAGUCAGAGAAGAUUCUUUUCAAGGACUAUAUAAACUUAAGGAAUUAGUCUUAAGUUCCAACAAAAUCUUUCAUUUGCCAAACACAACUUUUAGCCAGCUGCUUAACCUGCAGAAUUUGGACCUCUCUUUUAAUCAGUUAUCCUCUCUGCACCCCGAGCUCUUCUACGGCCUUCGCAAGCUACAGACCUUGCACUUGCGAUCCAACUCCCUGCGGACCAUCCCGGUCCGCCUGUUCUGGGACUGUCGUAGCCUGGAAUUCCUGGAUCUGAGCACAAACCGCCUGCGAAGUUUGGCUCGCAAUGGAUUUGCGGGAUUAAUCAAGCUGAGGGAGCUUCACCUCGAGCACAACCAGCUGACAAAGAUUAAUUUUGCUCACUUCCUCCGGCUGAGCAGCCUGCACACGCUCUUCUUGCAGUGGAACAAAAUUAGCAACUUGACAUGUGGGAUGGAGUGGACCUGGGGCACCUUAGCAAAGCUCGAUUUGACUGGAAACGAAAUCAAAGCCAUUGACCUCACCGUCUUUGAAACUAUGCCUAACCUUAAAAUCCUCCUCAUGGAUAACAACAAGCUCACCACUCUGGAUUCCAAGAUCCUGAGCUCGCUGACAUCCCUCACCACCGUGGGCCUCUCUGGCAAUCUGUGGGAAUGCAGCCCUAAGAUCUGCGCUUUGGCCACAUGGUUGAGUGGCUUCCAAGGUCGGUGGGAGCACUCCAUCCUCUGCCACAGCCCCGACCACACCCAGGGAGAGGAUAUUCUGGAUGCAGUGUAUGGUUUUCAGCUUUGCUGGAAUUUAUCGACUGUGGUUACCCCCGUGGCUACAACGUCGUCGUACACAGCUCCAACUACUGAGUUCACUAAAAGAAUCAGCUCCUCUCAUUUCCAUGUGGGAGACAAAGAGAUUCCAACUACGGCAGGCAUGGUCGUUACCACCGAAGAACAGUUCCCAGAGCCAAACAAUGCCAUCUUCACUCAGAGGGUAAUUACAGGAACAAUGGCUUUAUUGUUUUCUUUCUUUUUUAUCAUUUUUAUAGUGUUCAUCUCCAGGAAGUGCUGCCCUCCCACACUCAGAAGAAUUAGGCAGUGCUCAAUGAUUCAAAACCACAGGCAGCUCCGAUCCCAAACGCGGCUGCACAUGGCCAAUAUGUCAGACCAAGGACCCUAUAACGAGUACGAACCCACCCACGAAGGACCCUUCAUCAUCAUCAAUGGCUACGGACAGUGCAAGUGCCAGCAGCUGCCCUAUAAAGAAUGUGAAGUAUAA